AUCGAAAGUGUCUGAAAUUGCAUUCGAGAAGAUGGCUUUAACAAACUUCAUCUUGACAGUGGCGGGAGUUAGUGCCGUGAUUCUUCUUCUGAGGAGCGAUGUGAAACAGUCGGCUUCAAUCUUCAGGCGCAACGUCAAGCACAUCCGCCAGUGGAUUGAAGAAGAAUCUGCCUCUGCCUCUAAGACUGUGGAGAAAGCAACCAAGGAGCUGGAAGCCAAGGCAUCUCAGAAAGAUAUUCCCAAAGAUGACAAGCACUAAUGUUAAUAUUUUGGUUAUUUAGUAAUUUAUACCUGCUAUUGAGUCAAUCUCCACCACCCCCAAAAUUUUGUUGUCUGGUUGAGUACAAUUUAUUACUAUUAUUUUCAGUCACUUUGGACAGAUGAAAAAUAACGUGGUAGAUAGAAAGCAUAGUGUGUUAAUGGAUAUACUGUUUCUUAUGAUUGAAUUAACAGCUAGCCUGGGCCUGAGCCUGAGCCUGAUUGAAGAAGCUAUAAACUGAUAACUGAUCUAUUAGGUGGGUUAUAAUAAUUAUGUUUAGGGAAUGGCAACAAGGAUUAUUGGUGUCUGACUUUAAAACA